GAGCUGGGCAAGCGAGCAUCUGCCCUCGCCAGUGUCGUCUCGGUCGUACGGGAUCCUCGAUCGGUACAGAGAGGGACUCCCUGUUGGUAGAGGGUACUCCCUUGUUGCUCACUCGAGUAGUAAGAGAAAAUCCUCGCACGGGAGAGUUGGCACGUGAGAUAUCGUAUCGUGAUCGAUCUCUCGUGUCUCUUGCGCGUGUUCUAUUCUCUCCUGCCCACCCCUCCCCCUUCCCUCGUUCCCUCCUCGUUCCUCGCCGGCCACGAUCAGCCACGUCCAGGAUUACGCAUCGACGAUCGAGCGAGAGGGAUUACCGCCGUGAGAUCCCCUGUUCGCGGAGGAAGGAAAGGAAGGAAAGUGGAGGAGAAGGCGAAUAUAUUGGGAAGAGGAUUUCGGUGGAGAAGUGGUGUUGUUGCUAGGUGUUGUUGACCACCUUCGGUGUGAUCGUGGACCACCUGUGAAUCUAUAUGGUGAUCGAUGGAUGUGGGAUGUAAACGUAUCGAUGAUUAUUUGACGCCUUGAAAAAAACGAGAUCGGCAUGAAGUACUUGAAAAUCGUUCUGUUCACGUUCAACUUAUUGAUAUGGUUGGCCGGGUGUACGGUACUGAUGAUAGGAGCAUGCUUGCUGCUGGAGCCAAGCAAAGGUCACCUGUUAAAUCUCUUCGUGCACGACGCCACGCCGCACGAUACUAUUAAUCUGAUAGCUUACAGUUUGCUCGGCCUCGGUUUCACCGUGUUGACAGUCGGUUUCUUUGGAUGUCGCGCCGCUCUCCACGGAAGCCAGUGCAUACUGGCCACCUACAUGAGCAUGCUCGUGGCGCUGAUCGUCACGGAGCUUGUCACCGCGGCUGCCGGCGGUAUAAUGACAUUUCGAAUACUUUCCGGAUUGGAGGAGCGACUGAUCAGCAAAUUAGCCGUUGGCUACGGCCACGAGCCGACCAGCGACAUCCCUUUCAGCCACAGCCUCGACUUCGCCCAAUACAAGUUUAAUUGCUGCGGAAUUCACGGAUACGGGGAUUACAAUGGCACGGCAUGGUGGAGGGACGCGCAAAUUUCGGGGAACAGGAGGCAGGUCCCCCUCACGUGCUGCGUUUUAAAAAAUACAGAGGUGAAAAAUACGGGAAGUCCAAUGAGCGUCGUGUCGAGAGUAUUCAACAAACAUACCGAGAAACCGUGGUUGAAUCCAAAGCCAAAGGAUGAACUAGCCUGUCAAAUAGAGGACAAAGAAGGUCACGAAGGAUAUAGACAUCAAGAGGGUUGCCUUCUCAAAGUUACAAGUUGGCUGCAAUGCGAGAGCUUCACAUUGGUAUUCCUGGGAAUGGCGAUGGCUGGGAUACAAACAUUUGGUAUAAUAACCUCGGCUUUUCUUUGCCGAACGAUAAGGGAGAUGCAAGUGGAUUGAAACUCUUAGGAUAACAAGAGCACAAAAGAAGGGAGGGAAGCCAAUUUCCAGACUUCUGUCGAGUUUUCGAGGAGAUCAAACGAUGCAUUAUUCUGAUGUUUCAUCCGUUCACUUUCGACGAUUCUGCGGUGGAAAUAUUCGUUCGAGGGAACAACGAUACAUACGUGAUAAUAAUAACGUGGAUAUUUCGAGCAGAUUUCGCAAAACUGCGUUUACAUUGAAACACAACACAUUUCCAUUUAAUCGACUCUUAAAAAUGAAAUUUGUCACAUUUUCGAUCGAACGUCGAUCAAGUUUAUUCGAUUUCACGAUCGUCACCAAAAAAAAAAUAGCCUAAAUGUUAUAAACAUUGCUUAAGAGAUUGUCGAGUCUCUUUGAAACGAUCCUUUUUUUUUUAUUUUUUAAGAACACUCAAUGAUCGUGGAAUUUAUAUCGUAUAGAUUGAAAGGUGUGCUUGCUCGGAACUUUCCAGCCCAUUCCCGUCCCUUGUAUGUAUGUUUCGUUACAAAAUAUCGUAUCGUGACGAAACGGGAGAAAGAUGUCUGCAUAAAUUCUGUACAUAAAAAUAUUAUUCCACUCGUGUUCGCUCUGAAUACGAAAACACGCUACGAUUCUCAAACCGAUCGUUUACCAUACGACUCGUCAUAUUCGAAUAAUAUCGAAACUGAAAGGGUUAUUAAUUCAAACUACUCGAGUGUUUAUAUCUGAAUAUCUCGUGGAACAAUCGAGAACGUCGAAUCUAACGCCACUCGUGCUUCGGCUAUCUUCGACCAACAUCGGUUAAGUAGUCGAAGAUGGCCGAAACACGAUCGGCUUUUAUCGGGUGUCGAGUCGUCUCGAUGGACGGAGCGUUAUAUCGAAACGCGAGUCCAUUCAAAGAAGUUUUUAUUUCGAAAGUUUUGAACAAUUUGAACAAUUUGUUUAUUCGAUGUGCAUUCGAGUACUGGUGAAUGAUAGUUGAAAUAACAACGCCGAAAAGUUUCGAUAUAUUCUUGCGUUCAUGAGAUAAAAACGUACCAAACGUCGCAGUGAACCAAAGUUUGAAUUACGGGUGGAUCUGUAAAUAUAUAUCGCGCAACAACGACGAGAAAGGUAGAGAUGAAAGUUCGAAUUCGAUGAAACAAUGAACAGUAUCGACAGAUCUGUCGUUUUUCUUACUUUUUCUCGCGGGAUGCGAUAUGCAAUUUUUCACACGAAACUCACGUGAUUUAUACGAUAUAUUGGCAAGCGCAUAUGUUCGAAACCACUUUGCGAUUUUUUACCGAGGAAUAAAAA